AUGGCGCAGCUCGGCUGGGUCGCCGGGUCGAUCACGCUUUUCCUCUUCGCCGCCGUCACGUACUACACCUCCGCGCUCCUCGCCGACUGCUACCGCAGCGACGACGCCGUCACCGGGAAGAGGAACUACACCUACAUGGAGGCCGUCCAGUCCUACCUAGGUAGCAGGCAGGUGUGGUUUUGUGGCCUCUGCCAGUACGUCAAUCUCGUUGGAACUGCAAUUGGGUACACCAUCACAGCAUCGAUCAGUGCCGCGGCUUUGUACAAGGCCGACUGCUUCCACAAGAACGGCCACUCUGCCGACUGCGGCGUGUACACCACCAUGUACAUGGCCGUGUUUGGGAUCUCCCAGAUCGUCUUCUCGCAGCUCCCCAACCUCCACGAGAUAGCCUGGCUGUCCAUCCUCGCCGCGGUCAUGUCCUUCUCCUACUCCGCGAUCGGCGUUGGCCUCGCCUUGGCACAGACCAUAUCAGGUCCUACUGGCAAGACAACAAUGGGCGGCACUGAAAUUGGGGUAGACGUCACUAAUUCGGCCCAGAAGAUAUGGUUGACGCUGCAAGCGCUCGGCAACAUUGCAUUCGCCUACUCAUACUCCAUGCUCUACUGCCAGCCCAUCUACGCCGCCGUGGAGAGCUGGGCUGCGGCGCGGUGGCCGGGCUCAGACUUCGUGGUCCGCCAGUACCGUCCCUUCGCCGGUGGCAAUUUCAGCGUCAGCAUGUUCAAGCUGGUGUGGAGAACGGCGUUCGUCGCCGUAAGCACGGUCCUUGCCAUUUUGAUGCCCUUCUUCAAUGCCAUCCUUGGCCUCCUUGGCGCGCUCGCAUUCUGGCCGCUCACAGUGUACUUCCCCGUGGAGAUGUACAAACGUCAGAGCAAAGUGGAGAGGUUUUCCAAGAAGUGGGUGGUGCUGCAGAGCCUGAGCUUCACGUGCUUUGCGGUGACGGUGGCAGUGACCGUCGCAUCCGUGCAGGGGAUCACCCAAUCACUCAACAACUAUGUGCCAUUCAAGACGAAGCUGUGA